AGGCAGACUCAGUGUACGACAAGUGUUAAAAGGGGAGUGACGUACCAAGUCGCCUUGGAUACCCGUUACUCAUAUACGUAUAUAUUUAUAUUUGUGACUAAUGAAAUAAUAGACGUACUCAUGGUUAUAGAAAAACAUGUGGUGUAAAGCAAAGCUGGGUGGCCACCACAGCAACACUGCCAGGCAUAACUUGGCAUCACCAGCUGGAAGCACCUAAAAUCCAGAGGGGUUCAACCCACUAUGUUUAGUGAGCGAUAAGUAUAGUGGAGUGUCCUUACCUGAGUUGACAGAACCCACAAGGGGUCACAGCUCAAGGUUGAAGAAGCCGCAAGUCCAGAAAACUGUGAGGACAAACUUUUUCGGAGUGAGGGUUGUGAACUCGUGGAACAACCUGCCAGAGUAUUGUGACAGCACCGAGUGUGAGCUCUUUCAAGACCAGACUUGACCAGUAGUGGUGCAGGUUCAGAUGCAUUCAGGAGCCAGAGCAUGCCCAGUGCUUGCCAACAUUGUGUAAGAGACACGUGACCGACCUCCCAAGCGGAUAACGAGCUGAUCAUUGAGAGGAUAAAAGUAAAAUUUGGUAUUGUAAAACAGGCCUGUGGCUACUAAAUAAAACCAACAUGACAAAGACAAGUGAACCUUAACAGUGUACAGCAGUCUUAUCAUUGGCUGUUGAUGAUAAGUAUUGUAUUAUUGUGAGGCCUUGUGUGUGGUCAGUGCCAGUGUAGUGUAUACAGUAAAUCUAAACCCCAGCCUAUAAUCAUGGCCACAAAGAAAACAUUGUUUCGCAACAUUUCUGUUGAAGGAUCUACCCCAGGGACUCCUAUGAGUAGAGGUCCAAAGCCUGAUGCACGUUUUAAUGCACUGCUAAAAGCCCUGAAGACACAAGAACUGCAGGGAGUAAGAGAGCAAUUAUCGCGGGGUUUACCAGUCAACUACCGAGAACCAGCCCUCGGAAACAAGACUCCACUUAUCUGUGCCUCUGAACGUGGCUUCUUGGAGGCUGUAGUGGAAUUGCUGGGCGCUGGGGCCAAUGUGAGUAUAGCUGAUGCUGCUGGGGCAACUCCACUGCAUAUGGCUGCUGGUGGGGGGCAUCUCUCAACAGCGAGGCUUCUGCUUGCACAUGGCGCCCAUGUCGACCCACUUGACGCCCAUGCCAGUACCCCUCUCCAUUAUGCUGCCCGAACAGACAUACAAGAUCCAGGCAGCAGCAGUGUGAUAGGAGUGGUGGAGAUCCUGCUUGCUGCAGGGGCACGAUGUGGCCUGAGAGAUGGAGAGGGCCGUUUACCUCUCCACAAUGCAGCAACUGCAGGUAGUGCAAAGCUUAUAAAAGUCCUUGCUGCAGGGCCAUAUAAGGCAACAAUUAAUCUAAAGGAUAAUGAGGGCCGUACCCCACUGCACUGCGCUGUACUUGGGGCACGAUCACUGGAUGCUGUGGCAGCUGUGCUAAAGCUUGGGUGCUCUAUAGAUGCCAGAGACUCCCAGGGCCACACUGCUCUUCACCUGGCAGCCAAGAGGCAAUACAAUCAUGUAGAUGAUGAAUUUGAUGGACUUUGUUUAGAGCUCCUGUUGUCGCAUGGUGCUUCAGUAGCUGCCAAGAAUGAUGAAGGAUACAAUGCUCUAUCUCUGGCCGUUCUGCGUACUAUGUGGUGGGGUCGCCCAGGAGCCAGAGACCAUAUCCUGGAUGCUGUGCAACAGCUAGUUGCUAAGGGCAGCUGUAUACAGGAUGGAUUUGCCAUGUGGAGGAUGGUUGAAAGCUUCCCCUCCCUUGUGCCAGUUGCUCUCAACAGAUCCAUCUGUGCUAACACAUCUGCCCAUGACUCUCCUCAUCUUCGACUUGAUUUUGAUUUUCAUCCCCUCUCAGUGAACGCUAAGCACCUUCGAGAAAUUCACCGUCAGUCUCCACUCAAUCCACAGUCAGAGUUACCACCUCCCUUACUUGGGGACUCAGAAGUAACAAUGUUUCAUUACAUUCUCUGGGCAGGACGGAAACGACUCCUACUACAUCCACUCUACAAAUCAUUCCUGCACCUCAAAUGGUCAAAAGUUCGCAACUACUUUCUUGCUAAUGUCAUAUUCUACUUUUUUUUUGUUCUAAGUCUAACGGCUUUUCUCUUGUCAUCACGUAACUGUCCCGACAAUGCCACACAUGACAACGAUACAAUGUCUGCACCCACCAUCACAAACUACUCCAUCCCGGCCAGUAGAAAUAUGACAAGUGUAUGCCGAUGGGCAGGUGAGGAGGCCGGAGUAGUGGGGCUAACGUGGUGGUGUUUAGUCAUCUUUUCGGCCUUCCUUGACCUACGGGAAGUAGUACAAUUGAUGCAGAAUCCUCUCAUCUAUUUAUGCAACAUUGGGAAUCUCCUGGAUGCUACUUUAGUAUUCUCUGUCCCACAACUACUGGUUGGUGGUUCACCUGAAGAGGAAACAACUAAUGGUCAAAUGGCAAUGUGUUGCUUGGCGGUAUGGCAGCAGAGAGUUGGUGCUAUUGCCAUAAUCCUAGCCUGGGUAAGGCUAAUGCUUUUCACAGGGCAGUUCCCCAGUUGUGGGGUCUACAUUGUUAUGUUUUCUACUGUCGCCAAGAAUGUUCUCAAAUUCCUAGCCAUGUAUAUGUUUGUGCUAGUAGCCUUUGCUUUGGGGUUCUAUGUACUCCUGCGCUCGCUGCCCACCUUCAGGACCCCUGGCACAGCACUCAUCACCUCCUUGGUGAUGAUGACCGGUGAACUGGACUAUGAGUCGACUUUCCUGACAGAACCAUCAGAGUCAUCAAUGUUGUGUAUCUUCCUCCUGGUGGUGUUCAUUGUGCUCGUCUACAUCAUCCUCUCCAACCUCCUCGUGGGUCUGGCUGUUAGUGACAUGUACGCCAUCCAACACAGGUCCGAGAUUUUACGACUAACACAACACGUAGAGCUGAUGAUUCAAGUGGAAACUUUGUUCAGGAAUCGUCUUGUUCCCCAGAAGAUGCAACGGUGUCUCCUCAACAGCAUUGCCAUCAUGGGCUCUCAGCAGAAGUUGACUGUCUCCGUUUACCCCAAUCGUACCCGGGGAUUUGGCGAAGGUCUAUUCCUGUUCCUUUCGAAGGUAAUUGGAACACGCCGUCUGCUUAUCAAGCUAUUUGAGAUGUUCGUCUCUGGAUUCAUUCCUCCUGAAUAUGAAGUUUCACUCCCUUCACAGCUCAUGAGAGAGGCUCUUGAUGUGGCAUUAAGAGAACAUGAACUAGAUAAGAGAGAACGUCUCCUGCAUCUCCGCGCACUGCAGAUUGGGACAACUGGACACCACAAACAGAACCAGUCAGGGCAGGUAGCGCACGUUCCAAUUAACCAGACCACACUCACUCGCGGAUCAUCAUACAGGAGACCGACAACUACAGCUGUUCGAUCUUCUUGGCGCUGGACUCUCAUGAGUGAUACGGACAGUGAGGAUGAUACUGUGAACAUGUUACAUGCUCAACCCUCAGUCUGGGCACCUCAUCCAGCAGCAUCACAAAGAACUGUUAUUCCAGAUCCAAAUGCACGCCUGGAAGAACUCAGGAAUAUGGUUCUCAGUCUGCAGAGUACCAUAGAGUCACUCACUGUGGUCAUACAGCAGAGAGACACAGAUCAGCAGUUGUCCUCACAAAUUAUAAAUUCACUUGAUACUGAAUUUACAGUCUAAAAUAGAGAUCACAAUCCAACUCAGGCAUCACAUUAGGAUCUGGGCUUCAGGAUGGACCCACACUGGUGUCAAAAGCCACAUCACUGUUAAAAGCCAGAGCUUCUCUUUGUUAUUAGAAAACAAAGAAGCAACUGACUUUUCAGCUCUGGUUUCACAUAAUUUAUAUGGAACAAACACAUCCAUACCCUUGUAUCUCCUGGGGAUUCUAUCAGCACCAUCCCUAAGCUUAAGAACCCGGGUCAUGAAUCUUCCUUACAGAACCUGAGGAAGUUGAGGACUGUCAUCCAUUAUGUAAAAUACAAUUAAGUAUUUUACCACAAGCUUCACAUUCACCACUAAAAUCAAAGUAGUAAUUAAAUUGACAAAAAAAUUAUUGCAUGCAUUCACUUUAGAAACAAGUGGUAGCUUCCCACCAUCUUAAAAUAUACUUUUAAUAACUUAAUUUGUUUGACAGCCAUUAUUAACAUAAUUACAAACUGUUAAUGGCCAACAAACUAUGACAACAAUGAAAUAAAUCUAAUUCCUUUGCCUUAAUUCAAGAUAUAUUCCUGUUCUUACAAACAUAAACAUGAUUUACCUUCUUUGUUAUAACUUAGGAAUUAAAAUUAUUCUUCACUAAAAAAAAAAAGAUGGCAGGAAUAAAAAAGUAAUGAUAGAG